CCGCCCGAGCACGGCCGAGGCUGGAGACGUUUCCACGGAGCCAAACUGCUCACAACUCCGGCGAGGCCAGAAUCCCCCUGCAAGGGACACGGCCCUGUGAGGGAGCUCUCCCGGCCGGCUCUCAGUCUCCUCCGCCUCCCUCGGCGACGGCCCGCGGCUUCGCGCUGGCGACGGGGAUUUGGAGCGGAAGAAAAAGCUGCGCCAAACUCUAUCCUGACCUCAAACUCUUUGGACUGGUUCUGGUAUUAUUUUUUCAUUUAUUUUUAUUAUUUUAAAUAUUGGAAGAACAUCAUCCUUCAGGAGGACCGGAAUAGGAGGAGAUGGAAGUUUUCCCCUGGCUCUUGGUUUUGUCCGUCUGGUGGUCUCGAACCUGGGACUCGGCGAAUGCGGAUUCAAUCAUUCACAUCGGAGCAAUUUUUGACGAAUCUGCCAAAAAGGAUGAUGAGGUGUUUCGCACGGCAGUUGGAGACCUCAACCAGAAUGAGGAAAUCUUACAGACUGAGAAGAUCACAUUUUCGGUGACAUUUGUGGAUGGCAACAACCCUUUUCAAGCGGUGCAAGAAGGUGUUCUCCUGACAAAUGUUUUGCCGCGAGGAAAAUCCUGAGACACUAUAUACAAAUCAAACAUUUUGUCCUUGGAGCCUAAUAUACUGACUGACCUAAGCUACACAUUUUUUGCGUUCUACAAAUUUCCAAAUAUUAAAGUGUUUGCCUGCAUUCUCUCUUACUCUAUAGUGAAUUAAAAGUUGUUAUUGUUGCAAAGAAAUGCAAAUGGAAAUGAUCUUAUACCGGAAUGAUCAUUCUCAUGAAUGAAGACUUUGAAAAAAAUUCUUGUAUUACUGGAAUUCUAUGUUAAUAAUCUAAUAAAA